ACACGACACCAAUGGGUCGGACACUCAAUCUCUUCGCCGAAGACAUGGAUGUCUUGGACAGCGCUAUUGGUUUUGUUAUUAGAUUUUUCGCAUUAAUUGCAUCGUUGGUUAUGAUAUCACUGGAAACACCACUAAUACUGCUGGCAAUCCUACCAAUAAUAGUGGUGUACGUGUGGUGUCAGCGGCUAUACAUGACAAGUGUACGGCAGAUCCAACACCUGGACACCAGCGCCCGUUCCCAUACGAUAAGCUACAUCUCCGAGACCUACAACGGGACAGCAGUUAUCCGUGCCUUCGGUGCCGACCGGGACUUUGUCCGUGAAUCGCACCGACGUCUGGACGCACACAACAGGUGUCAAUACUCUCUACUCGUGGCCAAGUGUUUGCUCGCCGUACGGCUCGAGUGCUUGGGCUAUAGUAUAGUGUUAUUGUCGGCGGUGUUUGCCGUGGCGUUCAGGCAUACAAUGACCGCCGGUGUGGCCGCUCUGGCUAUCACUUAUGCUUUGAAUAUAACUGACGUAAUCACGCAAUUGGUUAUAAAUGUGACCAUAACCGAGAGCUCACUGAUGGCUGUCGAGCGGUGUCUGGCGUUUAAAGAAUUACCGAUUGAAGCCGAGUGGUAUAACGAGAAGACCAAACCCGCGGACAACUGGCCGACAAUGGGUUGCAUUCAAUUCACAGACUAUUGCACUAAAUAUAGAUUUGGUUUGGAUUUAGUGCUCAAAGAUAUAGCAAUUGAUAUGAAAGGCCGACAAAGGGUUGCGAUCGUCGGCCGCACCGGCGCUGGA